AUGGCGGAAACUAAGGAGCCGCGACCCAGCGAGCGCGCCCGGGAGCGCGCCCACUCGCGCGCAUCCAACUACACAGAGAGCACAGAAAGUGGGGAAGAAUGGAGAGGCUUCAUUCUCACAAUAACAGAGCUGUCAGUUCCCCUACAUGUGUCACUCCUUCCUGGGCAAGUAAUUAGACUGCAUGAAGCCUGAGAAAAGAAAAGGAGAAUUGAGACAGAGUGGACACUGAGUUCAUUUCUGGAAAAAGGGAAGGAACCAAAUGAAGAUUAUGUGGAUGUACUGAACCCUAUGCCAGCCCUGCCAAGAAUCAAGCACUACAAACUGAUGAGUGUAGGAAAAAACUACACUAUUGAAUUGGAAAAACCUGUAACACUCCCAAAUCUUUUCAGCGUCAUUGAUUAUUUCGUGAAGGAGACUCGAGGAAAUUUACGACCAUUUAUAUAUUCAACUGAUGAAACCCUUGAGAUGAAAGGAUUUCCUGUAACAUCUCUAAAAUAA